UUCAAUUUUGCGUUGAAUUCUAUGUUCAGUUUUGCUUGUGAUACGAUUAAUUGAAAUAUUUCUCAAUUUAUUUUUAAUUUAUUGAAUCGUAUUUGUUUGCCACGCUUUUCUUUGCUAUUAUACUGAUUUGAUGGCAAUACGAAGCCUGGGAGAUACGUAGAAUUGCAGUAUUUGAGACUGUGGAUGUCUUGCAUUAAACAUAUAGAGUGUGUGUGUGUGUAUAAAAGUUUUUAGAGAGAAUUUUGUUACGUAAUUCAUGUUAUAAGAGUGAUUCGAUGCUGAUAUUUGUUAAUGUCUUGGAUUUCAGAGAGAGUCGAAUUAUAGAGUUUAGUUGUAGAAAGAGAGGAAUUUAAAUUGUUUUGGGUUCUGUGAGCAACGAAUGAGGACUCUGUAAAGAUUGAUUUAUGGUUUUAGUAGAUUUUUUAUAUGUCAAUUUGCUCAGAGCCAGUGUGCUGAAUGAACUUGUAAAGCCAUGCCCAUUGUGGUAUUUACCUAAGUUUUGAAGUGUUGUAUGACUUGGUUUCCCAAGAUGGAUUGGCUUGGUUGCAUUAGUGGAGACAAUGGGUAGAAUUAAUGGAGGAGUUAAACAGAUGUAGUUGAAUGAAAUGAUCUUCUCUUUUGUAGACACUCUGUUGACAAUAGCAAAACAUACUUCUGUUGAUUGAUGAAAAAAUGGGUGAUAUUGGCUUGAUGAUAUACCUUUGGGAACUGUGGGUAUAAGUUGCACUAUAUUGACUGGAAAGGGGGCUAUACCUAUAAGAGACUAUGUGGGAUUGUGUGGUUUUUCAGAUUGUUUUGAACAUGCUUGUCUCUUAUUUGAGGACCUAGCUAGUGAUGGUCAUACCAUAAAACUCCUGGUGCAUAAGGAUGUUUGAUACCUUUCUCUUUUUGCUGUUUUUUUCAAUCCUAAUCAACUUCACUUAUGUUUUUACCUUUUCGAUUAUUAUUACUUAUUUGCUGAGGUUUGCAAGGAAUGUAACCUAACAAUUUAAGCUAACUUGCUCAGUUGGGAUUCUUUCAGACAACUCAUCAUUAUUCAAAUGGAUGAAUGAAAGACACGUGUUCACUGAUGGAAGAAAUAAAGAAACAUAUAUUUCAUUUAAUGGAAUAAAUGAGAACAAAAUGACUUUAUAACUCUACAUGUACUUUGGAAAAUUGGCAUUUAGUAUUUUUAUUUUAUCCCAAAAUUUUGAUCCUUGGGGAAUUUUUUAUAUCAGGUGUAUGAGUGAUUGAGAUGUUAUUAUCAACAUUCUAAAGAUAUUGAAUGACUUGUUUUUUAUCAAAUAUCAAAAAUAUGUUUUUAAAAGGAAUGAUGUUCUAUCCAUGGAUCGAGACCUAGGGGCAAGCCUGGUUCAAGCUUGCCCCAAAAUCAGGAAUAGUAAUUAGACUGGGGUGAACCGAUUUCCAACCACUAGAACACUCCCAGUUUGUGCUUUGAUUGAUAGUUUACCUUACCCCGAUCAAACCCAGUUGUUGAUGUCAGCACAAAAAUUCAAAAUUUUUAUUCAAAGGCUAAGACACAAACUUGAGUCUCAACCUUUGCAUAAGGUAGAAAGAACCACCAAGUCACAUGGAUGUUUGUAUUUUUUUUCAUUUAACCUACCUUUUGUAUUUGGAAGGAAAAAAAAAUUGCAAUUAUUGGAACUUGAACAUCACACCUCAUCCAUUAAUACAGUGUAUUUGUGCCAUCAGGUUAAGUUUAUUUAUAUGUUAAAACAAUUCAAUUCAUAUAUUUAAUGAUUAAUUAUGCUAAAUUGAUGUUAUUAUUAUUUUUAAUAUUUAUUUUAAUAGUUCUCCGGUCUAACUUUCCAUUGAAUUGGACUUCCCCCCUCACUUGAUCAACAUCCGAUUUGACUUUGAAAACAUUGGUUCUAUCUUUUGUGCCUUGUAUUGUUGUAUGAUCUUUUUUGUCAACCUCAUGUAGUGGGUCUGCUUUUAUAACCAUUGUACUUCAAAACAAAAGGUUUCAUGACCAAACUUUGUUGAAUCAAAUCCUUCUUUUUUCUUAUUCUUUAAGAUACCCUAAAAUCCAUUUUCCUUCUCAAUAUGUUUACAAAUUUCUAAAUCGGGAUUAUUUCUGGACCCUUCAACCUUGGUACCCAAGAAAUUGAGGGGUAUAUAAUAGCUCAAGAGAUUGAACCAUUAACCUUUUAGGUGAAACCAAGGGCUUUAACUGCCAAGCAUAACCCUCGGGGUUGUAUUUGUGCCAUAUUGUGUUAUAGGUUCCUAAAAAUUAAAAUGUUAUUAGAACUCAGUGAACUUUUAAACUAAGUGCAUAUACAAGUGAGGUUUUUGGUUAUAUAAAAGGAAGGAAUACGUUGAUGGAUAAGCAUUAUGCAAUAAACUUACUUGAGCUUUGUCUUGGGUUGGGAACUGAAUUUAUAUAUGACUUUUUGUUCACAUUUGAUCUUUUUCUAAUGGUUUCUAUGCAACAGCUAGGCCAUGGCAAAGAAAAAAGGCAAGAAGUUUGAGGGCCAUGGUUCACCCAUAAAACAUCCUAGUAAGAAGAUUGUAAAUAGAUCUAAGAAGAGGAAGAAAACUAAUUUUAAGAUAAAAUCAACACCAACACCUCUUGAUGGCUCUUCAUCUACAUCCGUGCUUGUUCGGGAUGUCCCAACCGCUGUUGCUACAACAUCCUCUGCUAUUGCUCAUGACAAUGUAGCCACACCUAAAAAUAAAAAAGAGAAUGAAAAUAUAGAUAGAACUCCUGGGUUUAUAUUCAUGUGUAAUGGAAAAACAAAAGCUGAAUGCUAUCGAAAUCGUGUCUUCGGUUUACCAAGAGGACAAUUGGAAAUUGUGGAGAAAAUAAAGUUGGGUUCAAAGCUUUUCUUAUUUGACUUUGACUUAAAGCUUCUUUAUGGCGUUUACAAGGCAACAUCAAAAGGAGAGUUGGGAUUGGUACCAACUGCAUUUAACGGGAAAUUUCCUGCACAGGUGAGGUUUAAGAUCUUUAAGGAGUGUUUGCCCCUUCCUGAGAAGACUUUCAAGCAUGCUAUUAAAGAUAACUACGAUGGUUCCAAGUUCAGACAGGAGUUGAGUAACGAACAGGUGAGAACUUUAAUGUCCUUGUUCCGCCCCCUUACAUCAGCUACAGCGGCCUCCACUCUAUCCAACGUUGUCACACCACAUACAGUCUUAGCGCAGCUACCAGCAAGGCUGCCUCUUCCAAGUGGAUCACAGUUAUCCAGUGUGCAUCAUGGUCAUGCCUUGUCAGUCCCCGUUGUUCGAUCAGAGCAGGUGAUCUCAGACCUGCCAUACGAUCAACACAGACUAGAUACAUCUCUUGAACUUGUGCAACCUCGUGUGGAGGUUCGACAAGUUCAGCAGGCUGCUCUUCCUCAUUGUAGUGAGCCAUAUUAUAUGACAGAAGCACACCAGGCUUACUUGCCUGACAAACCUUCAUUUCUACAGGAUCCAUAUGGAAGUUUUUACAGGUAUGGUACCUUGAAUGUCAUUCAAAGGGAUCAAGUUGCCGGACAUGGAUAUGGAGGUGAGAAUCAGACAUUACAAGUGAUGAGGAGAGAAAUUAUUCUACAUCCUGAAAAUGUGGUUGAUUACUAUAGUCGAUACCUACCUCCAGUUUCAGCCUCACAUCCACAGCGAGAGUCAAUGUCUUGCCAGUCCAGUUAUCCUGUAACAUCUAAUGAGGGUCUUCGCGAGGCUUAUGUCGACCCUCUUCAAGGGCCUAUUUCUGGAAGAUCUAGCUUGGUUGAAGCAAAUGUGUCAACACAUUCACAACGAGAAUUGUUAUCAUCUUACCAACCUCAAGACCUACAUUUUGCAUAUGCCAGUCCUCUUCAAAGGCCCGUUUCUGGAAAAUCUAGCUUGGUAGAGGCAAAUUUGCCAGCACAUUCACAAGGAGAAUUACCAUCUUCGUACCAGCCCCAUUAUUCUUUUCUAGGAGCAGGUCCGACUUAUCGCUAAUUAGUAUUUGGUGAUGAGAGUUUUGAAUGGGUGGAUGAUUCUUCAUCUACUUGUAAUGCUAAAUUGGGAUAGUCAAAAUGAAGGGUAUUUUGGUCUGCGAACUUUAAAAAUCUUUCCAGCUAAUCGACUUUGUUGACAAUUCUUAAUUUCUAGGGUAAAUCUUUAUAUUUCA